CAUUAAUUAAUUAAUUACUGGGAUAAAAUUUAUUUUUCUUUCAUAGCCCCCGAGCGGAUCGGAGCAACCUUACUUGCUUGCUAGCUUAAUCGCAAAACGGCGAAGCGAGCAAGAAUCAUUGUCUCAUACUCACAUCCCUUUAGCAAUGAGUAGUAGUAAGAAGAAGAAUCCAACUGUAUUCCUGGAUGUCUCCAUUGGCGGGGAUCCCCUUGAACGUAUCGUGAUUGAGCUUUUUGCUCAUCUUGUCCCCAAGACUGCCGAGAACUUUCGUGCCCUCUGCACAGGUGAGGCAGGCCUUGGCAAGACCACUAGCAAGCCUCUACAUUUCAAAGGAUCAUCUUUCCAUCGAGUCAUCAAAGGAUUCAUGGCCCAAGGUGGUGAUUUUUCUAAUGGAAAUGGCACCGGCGGUGAGAGCAUCUAUGGUGGGAAGUUUCCAGAUGAGAACUUUGAACUGGACCAUGAAGAAGGUGGAGUCCUUUCGAUGGCAAAUUGUGGCCCAAACACCAACGGGUCACAGUUUUUUAUCCUUUUCAAACGCCAGCCUCAUCUCGAUGGGAAGCAUGUUGUAUUUGGGAAAGUCGUUAAGGGAAUGGAAGUUGUCAAGAAAAUGGAGCUCGUAGGGACGAGUGAUGGUAAACCAACCAGCAAUGUCAAAAUAAUUGACUGUGGCGAAGUGUCUCAGUUAAAAGGCGAGGAUGCUGCUGAGAAAGAUAAAGGGAAAUUGAAAAAAUCUAGCAAAGACUCACGGGAGAAGAGGACUAAGCGAAAAAGAAGAUACUCGUCUUCGUCAGAUUCAUACAGCUCAAGUUCUGAAUCAGAUUCUGAAUCAGAAACAGAUUCAUCCUCGUAUGAGUCUAGUUCUUCCAGUGAUGGGAAGCGUAGGAAGAGGAGGUCAACAAAGAGACACAAAGGCCGACGCGGGGAAAGAAAGAUCAAAGGACGAAAGGGGAAAAAGAAUGCUCGAGGAGAUAGACCACCUCAACGCAGAAACAAGGAUAGUUCAAGUGACACCGAGAGUAGCAAUUCUGAUGAUGAGAGAAUGGGCCACGAAAAGGCCAAAAAGUCAAAGAAAGCUAAAGAUGGUGUGCCUGUAAGGAAUGCUGCUGAUUCUAGUCCUGCGGAGAAGAAAUUUUCGGGGGACAAACCAGAUUCUCUUCUGAAUGAAAAUGAACUUGUAGGAAAUGGAAAAGCCACCAAAGUUGAUAAUCAACGUGCGGACUCGGUGAAAUCAAGGAGUAUGAGCCCAGUUUCUAGAAGAGGUCAAAACAGUAGGAGCAAAAGUCCUGCUAGUAGGAGCCCUGUGAGAGAUGUUGGAAAUAGGAGCACAAGUCCUCGCGAGAGGAAAUCUUCAAAAAGCCCAUCUCCAAAUGGUGAGCCCAAGCGCAUCCGAAAGGGGCGUGGGUUCACAGAACGUUAUUCAUUUGCUCGGAAGUACCGUACACCAUCUCCUGAGCGUUCCCCUCCUCGGCGCUGGCCUGAGAGAAGAAGCUUUCAGGACAGGAACACGGACAGGUAUCCAAGCAACAGGAGUUACUCUGAACGCUCGCCUAGACGACGCUUUAGGAGCCCACCCAGGAGAAGGAGCCCUCCAAGGUACAACCGGAGGAGAAGAAGCAUUUCACGGAGUCCAGAUGGGCAGCGCAGAGGUUUGAGAGAGAGCCAAAGUCCAAGUCAUCGUAGCCCCAGAAAGAGGCAGCCAAUUAGCCAAGACCUUAAAUCCCGUCUGGGGCCACAAAGGUCUCCUGCAGAAUCGCUCAGCGCUUCGCCCUCAACCUCCCCAUCGGGACAGAGAGGUUUGGUUAGCUAUGCAGAUUGAUCACUCAUCCCUCCAUUUGCAUGCUGCCUGCCUGCUCUGAUGACUUGCGAGUUUUGUUGUUGUUGUCAUAUGAUACUCGUCACAUUUGGCUGUUGUUGCUUUUCAGAUUUUGUUGAAUAUUAAUCAAAUUUAAAGACUAGUUUUAUUUCAGAAUUA